AUGGCCGACACCGUAAAAGACGCCGUUGCGGCCGUCGCCGACAAGAUCAAGGACGUUACUGUCGCAUCUGCUGAACAGCCUGCCGAGGGAGAGAAGGGACCCUCCAAGAGCGCCCAGAAGAAGGCAGAAAAGGAGGCCAAGAAGGCUGCUGAGAAGGCCGCCAAAGCAGCUAAGCAAGCAGCCAAUGCCCCUGCUGCUGGUGGAAAGAAGCAGGAGGACACUCUGGGUCUCACUGUCACCAAGGCCGAGAACUUCCCACAAUGGUACCAGGAAGUCGUCCUCAAGUCUGAGAUGAUCGAGUACUACGCCGAGAUCUCUGGCUUCUUCGUCAUGCGUCCCGCCACCAUGUACAUCUGGAAUGUUAUCCGUAGAUGGUUCACCGACAAGAUCGAGGCCAUGGGUGUUGACGAGACCAACUUCCCCAUGUUCUUGUCCUCCAAGUCGCUGGAGAAGGAGAAGGACCACGUCGAGGGUUUCGCCCCCGAGCUUGCCUGGGUCACAAAGGCCGGUGACAAAGAUCUCGAAGUCCCCGUUGCUGUUCGCCCUACAUCCGAAGCUGUCAUGUACCCCUACUACUCAAAAUGGAUCCGGUCUCACCGUGAUCUGCCUUUGAGACUAAACCAGUGGAAUUCCGUCGUCCGAUGGGAGGCUAAGCAAACCACCCCUUUCCUGCGAGCAAGAGAGUUCUUGUGGCAAGAAGGACACACUGCACACUUGACCGAGAAGCUUGCUGGUGAGGAAGUCUUGGAAAUUUUGGAGUUGUAUGCCCAGAUUUACGAGGAGCUUCUUGCUGUCCCUGUUGUACGGGGUACCAAGACCGAGAAUGAGAAGUUCGCUGGUGGCCACUACACCACCACUGUUGAGGGUUAUAUCCCGUCGAACGGAAGAGGUAUCCAGGGUGCCACUUCACACUGCCUCGGACAGAACUUCAGCAAGAUGUUCGAUAUUACCAUUGAGGACCCUGCAGAGAAGGGCAAACAUCUCCAUGUCUGGCAAAACUCGUGGGGUCUUUCUACCCGUGUCAUUGGUGUCAUGGUAAUGAUUCAUGGUGAUGAUAAGGGCCUCGUCCUGCCUCCCAGGAUUGCCAAGAUCCAGGUCGUUAUCAUCCCACUGGGCAUUACUAAGAACACCAGUGACGAAGUCAGGCAAAACCACGCCACUCAACUUACUGAUAUCAAAGCUACCUUGAAGAAGGCUGGGGUGCGCGUUGAGGACGACCAAAGAGAAGGUUACACUCCUGGCUGGAAAUUCAGUGACUGGGAACUCAAGGGUGUCCCCCUCCGAAUCGAGUUUGGCCCCAAGGACGCCGAGAAGGGUGUCGUCAGCUACGCUCGCCGAGAUACUGGCGAGAAGGGUACGAUCCCCAUCCCUGAUAUUGCUGUCAAGAUCCCCGAGCUUUUGGAGACUAUCCAGAGCGAUCUAUACAGGAAGGCAGAGAAGUCAUUCGACGAGCACCGUAUUGUUGUGGAUGAGUGGGACAAGGUUAUUCCUGCUCUGGAUGCAAAGAACGUUGUUCAAAUCCCCUUCUGUCUGGAGCCCAAAUGCGAGGACAAGAUCAAGGAGCUCACCACUGCCAAGCAGGAUCAGGAUCCUGAUGCUUCUGUCCCUCAAGCUCCUUCUAUGGGCAUGAAGAGCUUGUGUAUUCCUUUCAAGCAGCCCAAGGAUGUCGUUGAAGGCCAAAAGUGCUUGAACCCUGAAUGUCAAGCAGCAGCCAAGAAAUAUGUCAUGUUCGGCCGUAGCUACUAG